UUAAAAACAAGGUAUUAUUGAAUAUAAUUUAUAUUAAACUUGAAUCAACCGUUAAAAUGUAUUUUGUUAUACAAUAAUAAUGUUUCUUAAUAAUAAUGUUUUAUUGAUUGAAUAUAAAGUAUAUUUAAAAAAAUUGUAGAAAAUUCAACCCUACCUUAGAAUUUUUGGCUCAUUUUGAAAAUUAUUUAAGAUUUAAGAUGUACAUAAUACUGCAAUUGAGCGAUAGAUACUCUUCAUUUAGUUAGAGUUAUUUUAGUUAAGGCAAGUUGAUUUUAAUCUUGAAGCAAGGCUUAUUAGCUAUUGUUGAACAAGUAUUACUAGAAUUUCAAAUCGAGACGAGUUUUACUUGCGGAUAUAUAAACACAACAAAGCAUUGAAAUAAAACCAUCUUUUCUGUAAAAAGGCACAACUAUUAUUAAAUAAUAAGGAACAGAGAAACGGACUAAUUUAAGCAAAUCUUCACAAUUUAUCUGACCAUUAAGUAACUUGUGUAGAAGAACAGUCCUGCCUCCUAUCGUCUUCGUUCCAAACUUUGAACCCGAUACAAUAAUAGUCUUGUUUCGUAAGCAGUUCUCUGGGAUGGAAAGCGUAGUUUAUUUCUAAAAUUUAUUUUUGUACAUUUUCAAGUCUAUUACUGUGUGUGGUAUAAGAUGGAGACAAUAUUAUGGAACAGUAUUUAAGAUUACUGCACACCAAACUGGUAUAUAGGCACAAAAUUGCUCGAGUAUCCUAAAUGUUCCUCUUGAUGAAGCCAAGUAGCCUAAAAACUUUCAGAAUAACACACAAGGAUAACGUCUUUUCCAGUAGGACCCCAAGGUCAUUAAUUAAUGAAACUACUUCCAGAGAAUUUCUAUUUAUAUAAUAAAGAGUAUUACUUAGACCAGAGCAUACUGGCGCAUUCGUUUGCAAAAUUGUUUUAAUUUCUAAUUUUUUACUUUCCUAUCUGUAUACAGAUAUAAGGAAAGUAUAGGAAUCAUGAUUUUUUUCGACCUCGAGUUUUCGACGGAUUUUUACGUUUUGAGGUCCCCUGAAUCCGUUUUGACUAUUUUCGCGAUGAUGUCUGUGUGUGUGUCUGUGUGUAUGUGUGUGUCUGUGUGUAUGUGUGUGUCUGUGUGUAUGUGUGUGUCUGUGUGUAUGUGUGUGUCUGUGUGUGUGUCUAUGUGUGUGUGUGUUUGUGUGUGUUUGUGUGUGUUUGUGUGUGUUUGUGUGUGUGUGUGUGUAUGUGUGUGUGUGUGUGUGUGUGUGUGUGUGUGUGUGUGUGUGUGUGUGUUUGUGUGUGUCUGUGUGUCUGUGUGUCGCAUAACUCAUGAACCGAUACACAAAAAAACACCAAAUUUUAAACUUAAGCUUUGUUCCAGCGUCCAAUAAGCUGAUUAUAUUCUGGGCAGAGUCGGAACAUCUAGGGGGGUACUUUAUAGGGGGUCAUUUUUUUAUUUUAUGAAAUAUAUCUGUUAUUUACGUUUGGGGAAG